GCCGACUCAUGCGGGCGACUCUGACGGAAUGAGGUCCUCCUUGCGGUAGGAUGCAUCCACAGUAACGGUGACCCGCCGGGUGGGUCGGAAAUGACUGUCAAGCGCCAUCGGGCGGGACUGACUGCAUCAGGGUUGUGAACCGAAGACUGCUUGUAAACGAGACGUGGCCGAUUCCAAUUUCCAAGUAUCACCGCUGGCCACGAUAGAUCGAGCAUAUCCUUCGCCGCUGUUCCUGUCGCUGUCGCUGUCGCUGUCGCUGUCGUGCCGCCAUUUCGGAAACCGGCUAUCAUCGUGACCGCUACUGGAGUUUUAGUCCUUCGGGACAUCCGUUAAAAUUGGAACGAUGCAGAGAAGAUUAGCAUGGCCCUUGCGCAAGGAUGACACGCUACUGGAGCUGUUGAUCAUCCCAAUUGCUUUCAUUUGCCGCUUGCCGUCUCUCCUUUCUUCCGGAGUUGUUGAUCAUUCCAAUUGCUUUCAUUUGCCGCUUGCCGUCUCUCCUUUCUUCCGGCCUUGUUGAUCGUUCCAAUUUCUUACGUGCUAUGCCGGUCUUGUUGAUCAUCCCAAUUGCUUUCAUUUGCCGCUUGCCGUCUCUCCCUUCUUCCGGCCUUGUCGAUCAUCUCAAUUUCUUCCGGCCUUGUUGAUCAUCCCAAUUUCUUCCGGCCUUGUUGUUGAUCAUCCCAAUUGGUUAUCAUCGUGACCGCUACACAGGAACUUCUCUCGCUGCCGCUUGCCGUCUCUCCUUUCUCACGCCUCUAUGCGUGAUCUUGUGAGUGCUGCCCCGCGAGCGCAGUGAACACUUUUUCCUCUCCUCUCCUCUCCUCUCCUCUCUCUCUCUCUCUCUCUCUCUCUCUCUCUCUCUCUCUCUCUCUCCUCCCCCCCAAUACAGGCUCCUUUCUUUUGGCCUUGAUCAUCCCAAUCGCUUUCAUUUGCCUCCUUUUACACAGAAAGACUUCUCGCUGCCGCUUGCCGUCUCUCCCUUCUCACGCCUCUAUGCGUGAUCUUGUGAGUGCUGCCCCGCGAGGGCAGUGAACACCUUUUCCUCUCUUCUCUCUCUCUCUCUCUCUCUCUCUCUCUCUCUUUCCCUUCCAUCCAUCGGGUCAUCUUUUGCGAAAUCGACUCCGAUCGAAGUACAGAUUGUCAGUGAAGGAAAUCAAUCAAUUGAUUCCAAGCUAUCGUCAUGAAUCAGUCGAGCGCAAUGCUAUCACCAAGCAAGCGGAUGACGGACGGUGGCAGCGACCGGCUGAAGCACGGCGGAGCUGUCGUGGAGUCUCCGCACACGUCGCCGCCCAAGCCUCACCAAUACUCACCUUAUUUCCGUGAGACGGCUUUGAUUAUAGAAUAUAAGAAUUUGAAGUAUCAUGCUCCCAGCGGCGUGUACGUCAUGCCGUCAUUUCAUUCUCUCUAUCUGUGGAAUGGCGUCAUUUUCGUGAGACAAGGGAGCUACCGAGGCGGCAUUUUCAAGUUUAUCCUUCAGAUUCCGGACACCUACCCCUCUGAGCGCCCUAGGCUUUUCUUCACAUCCUAUGUCUUUCAUCCGAGAGUCUAUCCCUCUGGGGAGCUGGACUUAUCUCAAGCUUUUCCGACUUGGUCGGCGCCCAAGGACUACAUCGUGCACGUCUUGACUUACGUUCAGAAGAUCUUUUAUACGAUCGAGACGAAUUCGCCGGCCAAUCCAGUGGCAGCGGCGAUGUUCUUGAACGUACAAGACCAGUUUUUGAAGGAGGUGGAGAAGUGUGUGGAGCAGUCGGACGCGGCGGGCCUGCAUAACGAGCCCGGUGUGAGUCUGCGAUUCUCCGAGUAUACAGAGGCGCAUGAGGCCGUCAGGCAGCGUAUCUUGAGGGGAGAGGUAUGCAGAGACAGUCAGGGGAGGUUGCUAUGGGAUGUGGACAAAAUGCGAGGGCCAGAGAUGCUGCCAGCGGAGAGUCCGAGAUCGCCACGUCGGACUACAGGCAGCAGAGGCGCCGAGCUUUCCGGGUCGUCAUCAUCGAACACCAGCAGUCUUGGGUUCCCUGAUGGAAACAGCACUCGGUCGUAGCGUAGUAUGGCUUGUAAUUGCACAUGCUCACGAGCGAAGAUCGACGUCGCAUGGUCUUCGUCUGUCUCUUUCCGACGGUUGGAUUCCCCUCUCGCCAUCUCUCUCUCUCUCUAUCUGUUUUCUCCUUACUGUCUCUCUCUUUUUCUCUACCUCUCUCGUUCUUUUCCUCCUCAUCUUUUGGUUCCGUGUAUAGUUACAGAUAUAGAGAGAGGUAUAUGCAGCGGAAUAUGCGUCUCGUUGAGAUCCUUGUUAGAUCAACUGCCGAAUGCUUUUCCGUCCAUCGAUGACGCUCAACUCUACCUCUGUCGUUCUUUCAAUCAUUCGCAGUCAUUCGCUGUCGUUGACUCUCUUUUCUCUUUUCCUCAUCCUCCCCCGCGCCCCCCCCCCCCCCCACCCCCUUACCCCCGCCGCCUUCCCCCCGCCCAAGUGCUUCUCUCCUUUUCUGCUCCUCUUCCGCCUUCUUCUGCCUCAUUCUAUGUAUAUGCUACAUCACGCACCAUUCAGUCCGUCCUUCAAUCCCUCUCCCAAUCUCUGGAUAAUCGCCGUUCUCUUUCUCUGGUCUCCCGCUUCUCUGUCUAUGUGCGUGCUACGACACGCACCUGGUGGGUCUUCUACGUAAGAGGAAGAGAAUGCACAACGCCGGGGUCCCAAACGGAUCUACCAUGCGAUGGUGUACCAAUUUGAUCGGCAACCUCGUUUUGAUCUUAGGGUAUGUCAAUCGUUACCGCAGAAGUGACGGGUAUGAUUGAUGAGGCUCGAUGAUAGCCCAAAUAUAGUCCUCGUUGGCGGGGGGAAAUUUUAUUGGAAAUUUUCUUAAGCAAUAGAUGGUGACACUCUGUAUAGCUGCACCACUUGUCAGUCAUUGCUUGCAUGUCACGUCCGAUGUAGAAAAUAUCCAUUCUUGGAUUUCCGUUGAGGCGGGAAUCUCCGUCACGUGGAUUUUAAUCAUUUCAUUUAGGCUCAUGAACUUGAUUGAGAUAUCGAGCUCCCCUCUCUCACCGUUAUGGUAACCUGAGACUUGGCGGACGUGUUGCCCAAUCGUCUCCCAAUCGUCGCCGCCCAAUCGCUGCCCAAUCGCCGCCCAAUCGUCGCCCAAUCGUCGCCCAAUCGUCGCCCAAUCGUCGCCCAAUCGUCGCCGCCCAAUCGCCGCCCAAUCGUCGCCGCCCAAUCGUCGCCCAAUCGUCGCCCAGUCGUAGCCCAAUUUUCGUCCGAUCAAAUCAUCGCUCGGUCAAAUCGUCGCCCAAGCGUCGCUCAAGCAUCGCCCAGAAGAUUGUAUAUUCAUCACAUCGGCAAUUGUGACAAGGCUUACGAUCGGCCACAAGCACCGGAGGACUAGCAAGCAUACAUUGACGCUCCGCGAUGUGAGACUGUCCUCCUUCGGCGUCAUCGUAUUCGUUUCAGUUUUGAGAAUUCCAACUGUCUGGAAUUAUCGCGGGAAAACCAGCCACCCGAUCCCAUCCGAUUCGUUUCGGUCUGUCAAGUUUUUGGAAUAAUGGCGGGAACGGCAUUUAUCCUAUCCCGGCAGCGCGCAUUUGGAUGAAUGAAAGUCUGUCUGAAGUUUAUAGAUCACGUGCCGUGUCGUUAUAGCCUCAGCUUCAGAUGGUUGUCCUCCUUCGACAUCGUCGUCGUAGUCGUUUCAGUCUUAGAAUGACGGCUGAUCGGAAUUAUGGCGGCAAAACGACUGAUCGGAAUUAUGGCGGGAAAGCAUUGAUGUGAUCCUUUUCGCAUUCCUUUCAGUCUGAGAAUGACAACUACUGUUUGGAAUUAUAUGGCGGGAAAAGCAACGAUCUCAUCAUUCUAUCGUUUUCGUUUGUCUUUCCACUGUUCGAAAUUAUGGCGGGAACGGCAAUGAGCCUAUCCCAACAAGCAGGUGGGAUGGACGAAGGGCAGUCCGGACGGAAGGUUAUAGAUAUGACGCGUCGUCGGGAUCUCAGCUGAAAGUCAUGCGAAGGGAAGGGAGGAGCAAUCAUCGUCGUGUUCAUUCGUUGCCAUCGGCGGGCAUUAAGUGACAAUGCCCUCCGGUUCUGCAGCGUCUCUUGAUUUUUAACCAUAG